GCAUUACUUCCGGAUAGUUCAGUAAACAAUGGCGGACCGUAGCAACAGUAUAAACAAAGAGAAUGAAGACGUGAACCUGCAGACAAUUGAUCGGCUUACUGUUCAAGAAUUGAAGAGUUUUUUGCGCCAGCAUGACCAGCCAGUUAGUGGACGAUCAGCUGAAUUAAAGGAACGUGCGAAAGGUGUGUUGAACCUUGGUAUCAGACGGAAAGAUAUACUACAGCGGGAAGAUGAAAGACAAUCCACUCUCUACCAAGCCCGUAAGUUCGUGUCCCCUCUUGGCGAAAUUUUACCCCACCCAUCCACAUUGAAGAACUGGACCGACAAUGUUAGGCAGAUACCUAUGUUUCUAGAAGAUGCCUUAUAUAAUUACCUUGUUCUGAACAGACAGCGGACGUUUGAUAAUGCUCCAAUGGGUGCUGUUAAACAACUUAAAGCAAAGGUCUUCUAUGAAGAUAGUCAUGUUCACCACAUACGAUACAGCCCUAUCACAGACCUCUGUUCUCACUGCUAUGUAUCAUGUAAAGUGGUACCAUCCAUGCCAACGGCAGAUGUGAACAAGUCUCCUGACUACAGUGUUUGGAUAUGUAUAUCGAAACAGACUGGACAAGUGCAUGCAGCUGAUUGUAACUGUCCUGCAGGAAAUGGAGAAUCGUGCAACCAUGUGGCAGGUCUUCUGUAUGGCUUAGUUGACAUCACAGAGAAAAAGCAGUCUGGGGAAUUAGCGCCAACCGCUGAACCCUGUAAAUGGAGCCAGCCAAGAAAGAGGAAAUUGUCCCCCAAAAAGGCAGAACAGAUGAAAUUUCGAAAAUGCACAAAUACUGGUAAUGCUGAUAAAUCAGACUACACAUCAUUCCGACCAUCUGGAGUUCAGCCACCAUUGGAUAGGGAUUCAUUCCUAGCAGAGAUGAAGGAAGUCUUGCCAAUCAGGAAUGAACCAUUCAAAAGAAGCUCCAAAACUUAA